UGUUUUGACUUACUUGUAUUUGAAUAUUUUUAGGUUAUAGCUAAACGUUGAAAACUUGUUUUAAUUUUAUAUUUCUAGCAAGAAUAUGAAUGGAAGACAUUGGGCCGAAAUACAGCCUUCUACAUCAGAAGUGAUACCAAAUGUCAAUACGGAUAUGAAAAAUGCUAUAGAUAGAAUGUCCUUAUCCCAAUUUGAUUCUAGCAACAGUAAACUCACCGCAGAUCGCUGCAAUAUCUCACACGGUCGGCAUUGGGGAGAAAUACCAACUGUUGCGACAGAAUCCAUACCAAAUGUGGAUGCUGACAUUGAGAAGGCAAUGGAUAAGUUUUUUCUACUGGAAUACAAUUCCAAUUGUGAAAAGGAGCCAAAUACAGAUAAUUCUAUUGUUUUGAUGCCUCAAGAUCCUUUAGUAAUGUAUGCAAUUUCUCUUCAUAAGCACAUGACUCACAUGUCAGAGAUUAUUCGUUUAGCUGAACUUGCUAUUGAAAAUAAUGUUAGACCAUCUGAAGAUGCGGCUCCUCCAGUUCCACCACUUCCAAAUGUUGAGUUGAAACAUAGAAUUAAUUGUCUCAACUUUAUACCUAAAAAUGAAACUGAUUUUACUCAAGGCAAAGAAGUAGAAGUACCUGUUCUAAGUGAAACAAUAGUACAAAAAGUAUUGAGAAGGAGCAUUUGUACAUUAUUUUCUCAUCUAGGAUAUGAAUCCACCCAUGAAAGUAUACUAAAUAUUCUUGUUGAUGUUGUGAAAGAAUUUUACAAAAUAUUUUGUUCAAAGUUAGAAUGUGCUAUUUAUGACGAGAUGCAUAAUGAUUCUGGUUUUCCUCAUGCUAUUGAAAGAGUCCUGGUAGAAUUAGGGAUGGGAGGUGUAAAGGGGCUUCACGAUUACUACCGAUCCAGAGUUAUUAAGUAUGUGAAUGUACUGAGAGGAAGAUGUCAAGUUUUGAAUGACCACUACAAUCAAUUGCUUGCCGAAAAAACUCCAUCUGAUGUUGAUGACCUUGGAAAAGUGAUGGGCAUUGAAAUCAAAAAAGAAGAAAUUGAGGAAAACCCAGAAGUGCAUUUAUUAGAUGGUGAAAUUGAGCUUUCAUCCCUGGAAACUGGUUUCCAACUGUUGAAUAGUCUUGAAGAAGCCAAUUUGCAGAAUUUUAUGGAGGGAGAUGAAAUACUUACUACAGAAUCUCCUGGAAAUAUAACCUCAGAACCAAAAUAUUCUCCCUUACCCAAAAAGAAGAAAUAGUAAAUUUGAAUAUUUUGUGGACAUCAUUUUUCAAAUAAUUUAUUCGUUGAAUUUUUUAUAUUUUGUACAUAAUAAAAAAUAAUGAUCAAA